AUGCUUACUCUGACCCUCAAGGCUGAACUGGAAGGUGUCACUGGCUUGCAGCCCACUGAUACCGAGGAGAACCCAUAUUUCUACACCUUCAAGGUGCAAUGUACUUCCUGUCGCGAGACGCACCCGAACUGGGUCAGCUUCAACCGCUUUGAUCUGAACGAGAUCCCCGGUAGUCGGGGCGAGGCCAACUUUGUGUGGAAGUGCCGGUUGUGCACGAAAACCCACUCUGCUUCCAUCACUGCUGGCCCGCACGCCUACGAGGCUGAGGAGAAGAAGACCGGCCAGAAGAUCAUCGAGAUGGACUGCCGUGGUCUGGAGUUCACCGAGUUCAAGCCUGACGGCGAAUGGGAGGCCAAGGGUGUUGAGUCCUCAACUCCGUUCACUGGUAUUGAGCUCGGUGAGGGGGAGUGGUAUGAUUAUGACGAGAAGUCUGGGGAGGAGGUCAGCAUCAAGGAGCUGACUUGGACUAUUGGCCGGGCAUAA